AACAGUGUGUGACUAGCCGUCGAAACUCCGUCGAAAGCAAUAGGGACGUUUGUGGUAUCGUUCGGAUUUGCUCUCUGCACACGCACAUACACACACAUACGCGCGCGCUCGUUCACAUACAAACAGGCCCUUGACGGAUGGCACGACAUAGUGUGUAGUGCGGUGAUCCUGGGAUUUUCCUGGUUUUUAAGCCCCACUCAAGCAGGGAUGUGUUCGUUUUGUUUCGCGUUUCCACCUUUCGAGUGUAUCGGAGAACACUCAAGGUUUCGUUGGUGAACAUUAAUUGGCCGCUAAUGUCGAGAGACCAGAAAAUUGAAAAACAAGAAACUUCAGCCAUGUUUCGUGUAUCGCCCACUACUCAUCGAAGUGUGAAGCACACAUGCAAUAUAGUGUUAUAUAAAGCCGGCAAAGGAGCACGAGUGUGUGAUGGGGCCGGCAGCAGCAGCAGCAGCAGCAGAACCCGAAGCAGCAGAAGCAGCUAGCAACGAAGCGUAAAGGAUAAAGUGAAACAGUGACUAAAGCGGAGGGGGUGAAAAAAAAAAAGAAAACACCAUUCAAGGAGAUCGGUCCAGCACCAAUGGUGGUCGAAGUGUGGUAACGGAAUAUAUAUAUAUAUAUAUUCCAACCAUUUCGGAGCAUGCAAAGAACAAAGACACACACAAACGGAGGACUGUCGUAACUGUGCAUCUCCGCGCGUACGGAUUUGGUGUUCCUCGGUGUUUUAGGCGUCCAAGCCGUCCUUCCUAACGUGCGGUGUACGAUAGUAUUGCGGGCGAAGAAAUUCCGUGGAACACCGACAGUUCACUGAAAAUGGUGAAACAAUCGUAAGUGUACCAGUGGCGGCCAACCUCUGUGUAGCGCCUAGUGUUGUCGAGCUUGGAAAUGCGCUAGUCGCCGUGUUAGGUAUACUACCGUGCAACUAACUCUCCAAAAACCCGCGUGCGUGCGUGUGUAGAUAAAUAUAGUGUAUACAGAUGGAUGUGGUGCCAGCGAUCCUGCGACGGGUGCCCGAGAACGUACAGUAGCAGUAGGACAUUAACUGCAACAACAACGAACACAAAAAACAAACAAACAUCAAACAGGAAUAUCAACAACAAAAAAGCUGCUUUGCGAGAACCGUCGUGCGAGGUCACCGUCAGCCGACCGCGAAGUAUCAUAAACGUCAACCAACUCCUUCUUUUUUUUCCUCCACCCCAAAAACACCCUUCCACCCACAUUCCCGACCUUCGUGUGUGUGUGUGUGUGCUGGGGUGUUUUAAGAACCAUCCGGGUGAACCGAAGUGAAGAAAAUUCGCAACAACAACACACGCGGCUGAUUUUCUUUUCCUUUCUUUAUUUGCAUUUAAUUCUUUUCCCACCUCCGGUGGUCCGGUUUUUGUUUCGUUCGGUGCGUUCUAAGUGAGGGUUUUUGUUUAGUUUCAUCCUUCUGUUCAUCCGCAACACGCUACCGUUUCGUUACGUUGCUUUUUUUUCUUCUGCAAAACGAUCGGAACGACCAAAAACCUGCACCACCAUCUGCCCAUCGGGACGCAACAUCCUGGUACAAUAAUUCACGGGAAAGGUGGGUGCAAUAAACUUCGGGGGCACCACGCGAUAGAGACGAUGUGGACGUCAGACACAACCGCUGGGUAUGCUGUUUUUCCGUUUGCAUAAGAAAUUGUUUCGACUCGAAAAGAAAGAACGGCAUCACCGUUCCGGUUUAGAAACUGAGCAGCAGUGAGCUGAUCGGUUGAUAGCUCGUACACGAUCCUGUACCGCGCGCGUAUACGGAUGUAUAAUGGAUCCUCCAUAAGUGUGUUUGAUCAUAACAGCACCGUAGUGUGAUAGUGGUGUGUGUGUGUGUGUUUGGGUGUGUGUGAAAAAAAUCCACCAACAACAAAGUCCGUUUCACUGCGUGCUAAGGAUAGUUAGCAACAUUCGCGAUCGAGUGACAAGAUCACCCAACCAUACACAUCCAUCAACUAACUGAGGUCACAAACGCGUGUGACGCAACUAACCACGCACACUCGAUUCACCUAGAAAAAGGAAAAAAACGAAACCAAAAAAAGCACACACACACCCUGAAGGUAUAGUAGUGCAAAUAUAUCAGCCCCCGACCCAAGAUCAGCGUAGCCGGUCCUGCAGGCAGUAGAUAUGGAUGAGGAAAUCGUCGAACGUACAUUCCGCGAAAAGGCACUGUUCUAUACUACCGCCUUCUUUAUCCUGCUUGGCACCUUUAGCCUGUUCGCUUUCCUGUUUCUGGUACCGUUCGUGAUCGAACCAGCGUUCCAGACGAUUUUCAUGCAGUUCGAUGAAUCGCCGGCCCUGUGCGUGACCGCCUACAAUGAGCAUCUGUACGGGGCGAAAAAUUGCUCCUGGGCGUCGUGUCGCGAAGGCUGCACCAAGGAUAUCUACGAGUGUCAGCAGAUACGCGUCAAUUAUAAGACGGCCGCCCAGCUAGCGGCGGCCGCCGCCAAGGAGGCCGCCGGUGGUGACACGCACGGUACGCCCCCAUCGCACUUAGCGGGUGCCGCCGCUGCCGGCGCCGCCGGCGCCGUAGUUCCGCCGGGCCCGUCGACGGCGGUAAUCGCUUCAACAACAAAAACCACUGGUGAUAGUAGCAUUAGUCGAGAGGAUAGUAGAGAUAAUAGUAUAGCUAGUAGUACCAAUAGCGUAGGCAACACGGCUAGCAAGCAGCCGAUCAGCACCUCCGAUGGAGCGUCGUCCCGGUCGAAUGGUCCGACCGGUGCCAACAGUAGAUACGGUAGCGCACUGAAUCGGUUCGAGCGUGCCAUACGGGCCGAUUACGAUUAUGGCGAUAUGCUGGUGGAGAAUAGCAACGGGCUGAACGGUUUCGGUGAUCCGAAGAAUGGCUUUAUCAGCUCGAUCAUUGACGACGAAAACGCGUUCAUCGAGUAUCCGGAGGAAAUGACCGGUCUGAUGGGUAAUAAUUCCGAGUGGUAUUUUACCGGCGCCCGGCUUUACCCGAACGUCAAGGGCUGUGGCUAUCCGCCGAUGCUAAACUGCACGAUCUGGACCAAGAAGUAUUGGACGAUCGGGACGAACUUUACCUGCUACUAUUCGCGCGUCGAUCCGGAGCUGGUGAUCAGCGAUCUGGACAUGUGGCAGAACACGCUCAAUCUGGUGUACGCGAUGGCGAUCCCGAUACCGUCAUUUAUCAUCUCGGUCAUAUAUCUCGCGUUCGCGUACUUUGUCAUCUUCAACGAGGAUGAGGAGGCCGCCCUGCUGGACAAGAAUGGGGAGGAUGAGGUCGGCGACGAUGAUAUGCAGGAGACGGACGAGGGUAAUGAUAACAAGAUCAACAACGAGAACGAGGUGGAAGUGACGGCAAACCACAUCAACGAAAAGCAGCAGCAGCAGGAUGCGAUGGAUGAGGAUAAUGUGCAUACGACGACCACUACACCGAUCCAACCAUUGCCGAACGGUACUGCCAACUCGAUCAACAACACCAACACGACCGCCACCACCAACACGAACGGUUCGUCCAAACCGAUCACGCCGAACUCCACCUCCGACCUGAACUCGUUCGGCCAUCAGCUGAAGGUGAAGAUGGCGGACGAAAUGUCGCGCGAAAGUAUCGACGGUGGUUUGCUUUCGAACUCGGCAUCAUUUCAAGGAAACUUGAGCAAGACGAUGACGACCAGUAUCUCGACUCCGCCUGGUCCGAUAGCCGCAGUCUGAAACGUCAAGUGCACGGUUUGGAGGACGUUAAGUUUAAAUUUACUAAGUAAGAAUCUGCUUAUCUUAUGAUUGUUAAAGCGCGAGCCUGGCGAACGAGCAGCAUACUUCUAGCGGGGCGCAUCACUUUACGGCACGGAUCUUGCAAACGCUGCGUACGAAUAAUUCCACUAAACUCUAUCAUCCAUGGGCGAAUUCUAGCUAAAUGACCAUUAAAAAAACUCACACACCGGAAACAUGCAACGCAACCGUGAAAUGUGCACAAACCAGUCGAAAUUAGUGGAAUGGGGGAGGAAAAAAAAGACUAAGAAGAACAAACAAAAAAAAGAAAACAAAACUGCACAAAACCCUGCACGAACUGCAUCAGCGCUACGAUCCCACAAUUUGGGGGACUAAUAUAUAUUUAAGCUGUUUCUAAAACUAGCAAAAGCGCGCUAUUAUAUAGACAUGUACACAUACACACACAUACAUACACCCAUAUCCUCCCUCCCCCUCCCUUCCUCUCCAUACGCCGCCUCAUCUUGAAACAAAGCAUGCCAAGCUCAGCGUUAGGUGCUCCAUUGCAGAAAGAGAGAAAGAGAGAACGCAGAAAAUGGAGAAAAGCGCAAUGAUAAAUUGCACUAAGAUUCGUAAUGCCACCGCAAUUCGACGCAGGAUUAAGUGCAAAACCAAUAGGAAUGCGUUUCAUACGGAACUGUUUACGCUGUAUUCGCUUUUUUUAAAUUUAGAUGUAACCAGAAGGCAGAAAAAAAAAAACAAAACUAAAUCGUAUGCACUAAAGCAUGCAACAGUUUGCUUUUGUGCGGCAAAAAGCAAUGGGCCAAAGAAUGUUUUACCGUUUUACCCGCAUACUCUAGUUUCGCUUGAUGAAAGUGAGUUUUAAAUGUGCUGCGCAAACGAAACAUGUGGUGUACGUUUUUGAAUGUAAAGAAGAGAAAUCUUAUUUGCUUUUGGUACACACAGCGAUCGCCGUGGAAAGAGGUUCUUCGAUUGUAGAUCGAGUGCGCAUAGAUGGUUCGGAGCUGUUUUCACAACUCUAUUGCCUCGUAGUGAAGAUGAAACAUAGACGGAACAGUCGAUGACGGGUCUUACAAAACAUUAACACACACACACACAGAGACACAUACACACAAAAGAUGGUAUCAAGCGUUUCAGGACGACUAACUAUAAUUGUGCAAAAUUUUAUUGCAAUCCCACGGUUGGUAACAUUAUAAUGAUAAAGCAAGCAUGAACUGUUGAUAGAUUUUUACCGAACUAGAAUUCUUAGAAUGAAUAAGGCCACAGCAGUACAGAGCGAAGAACAAAACAAAACAAACAAACAAACAGCAACACAACUGAUGUAGAAUAGUCCUGUUAGCAGAAAUUUGUAGUGCGCAAAAGGGAAACGAAAGAAAGAGAAAGAGAAAGAGGGCAAGCAUGUAAAAUGAAAAGGGAAAAGUAAAAAUGGACAACUGGAUAUGGGGGGGGUAAAAAAUGCAUAAUAAUUGUAGCCGCCAGCCAGGACAAAAGUUUACAAAGCAAAUGCAAAGCGCCAUUUCGUUGAAACUAUCUUUAACAAAAACAAAAAUGCUGUAGCUAAAGAAGGUUUUAUAUAGUGAGAAACAGAGAGAGAGCGAGAGAGAGAUAGAGAAAGAGAGAUUAAGAGAUUAGCAUACAAAGCGCAUCUAAAUCAUUUCGUAGACUAGGAAAUCAGAAAACAUAAUUUUUAAAUCGUUAUCUAGACAAAAAACGCUGUUAAUUCUUACAUGCAACGGGGAGCACUUUUACAGCUUCAUUUUUUAAAGGCUUUUUAAUGUCUUGUUUUUCUUUUUUGUAGUUUGGGUUUAUAAACCACGCACGUAGCAUAACGGUCGAAACAAGAAAGGAAGGGCUUUACAGCUUGAGUUUUCGGCUAGUACCUCUGGUAAGGUCUAGUGCUGUCACUUAUGGCAUCGGUAUUUUAUUUAUUUUACCUUUUACCUGGGCAAUGUAGUCCGGACUAGUACUAAGAACAAAGUACUAAAACACUGGGCGCCUCCAUUGAAGAUUUUUGUGAGAAGAAAUAGAUGUAAUAUAAAAAUAUUAUUACCAUCCUUUCGUGGUGCAGGCUUGUUAGUGUACAUGCUGAAUGCAAAUAUAUUGCGCCUUUUUCAAGCUCUGUAAUGCUAUCGAGUUAAUAAACCGCGAGCAAACAAAACGGUUGUAAAAACUAACAGACUGUUUUUGUAUGUUUUAUGGUUUGUUUGUUUUGUUUGAAUAUUAGAAUUCCCACGCCCUCCAAUAAUUGAAUAAUGUGUCUCUUCUUAUGUUAAAUUUUCUCUUGUUCCAUCGCUGAUACGGAUUGCCUACAGGUUGGGAAACAAUGUUUAUCGGCUGUCCAUUCUUUUCUAUCUGUGAACGUUUCCGCUUAUCUUUAAAUGAAAAAUCCUUGUAAAAAUGUCUGAAAUUGAACAACAAAAAAAUCAAUCAAAUAAAAAAAACGCAAACAAAAGCAAAACUAAGCAACAAAAAGCACAUAAAAAUAGUUAUAAAUUUUCCAAAUUUUAGCAAGCAAAUGAACAAAAAAAAACAAAACCAAACUACAAGCGAAUUACUGAGAACUAAAGAGUGAAAGAGGCUAAAUCGGGGGAACCACAAAAAUGGCGCGGAGAAUACGAUGAGCUACGGUGGUGCAUAUUGAACACUUAAAGAUGUUUAAAAUCUCAAAAGCUUUGCUAGUUUAAAGGCUUGAUCACAAGAAAUAAAAACAAGGCUAGAAUAUAACUAUUCAUAUUAUAACGAUAAAGGGUGACCCACGAUUGUGCAUCACAGAAGGGAAUGGUUUAAGAAAUGAUACAAAUUCCGCUAUGCUCAUAAGAAAUAGCUCAUACUCGAAUGCGUAAAAAAUUAACUCAUUGAUCAUCUAAUUUUGAGAAACUUGACAUAAAUCUUGUGUAAAGAAAAUAAAACAAAAGAAACAAAUACACACACAACAUACACACACAUUCACACACUAGCAUACGCGCAUUAAAGCAAAGCGACAUGUAUAAGCAUGGAUGGAACGGAAUGUUACAAGUUGGGGCUUGUUGUUUUUAUUAGAACUUUGUGACUAUCCAUCGGAAUCAGAGCUUCGUCGAAAUUAUUGCGCAUUGCGUGUUGUCGGCUCGUCUAAAUUAGGGCCAGAGCUCUACGAUUUAAACUACCACCGUCCGUUCCAAAGAUGAAACAAAAAUUGUCCAUUACUGAGACAGCUUGUGCUCAAUCAGGUAUAUAUCAUCCAAGUUCAUCUCGCUCGCAUAAAUAGCAAUGCUACUGUAACGUAAUACAACCACACACAUACAAAGAGAGAGAGAUAGAGAGAGAGAUACACACAAACCACAAAACAAGUUUAGUAUUUGCAAAAACGACGCACAUAUAGCUGCAGAAUGCAACAUGUUUGUACAUAAGCGAAUGGUUCUGAAGGUUCACACAAAACAGAAUGCUACAUAAAAUGAAGAAAUAGAUUUAAAAACAAAACACCCACUUAGGUUGAAACCCUCACAGAUGCAACUAAGGAAAGACAAACCAUAUUACACAACAACAAAAAGAAACACGGAGCGGGAGUACCGUGUGAGUGAAAUAACAACUAAUCCAGAACGAUCUUCUUAAGUAUAUCAUGAGUUACAAACGAAAAAAAAGGAACAGAAACCGAAAAGUGAAUAGUGCAACAAAGGUUGCCACGUUUUUCGUUAUUGGGUGGGGACAAAAAUGUGACCGCUGGUUAAAAGAAAAGGUUUGGUUGUUGUCGUUUUUUUGUUUUGUUUUCAAACGCAUCUACUCAAAGCAGUCUGGUUAAAUACUGUGAAUCUAAUGACAACCACCCGAAGUACACAGAGCAACAAACCCUUUUUGCCAGAUAGCAGCAGCAGCAGCAGCAGCCGCAGCAGCAGCAGUACGAGUAAAAGCAGAAGAUUUGUUUUGGAAUUUAAAAUAUAUUUCCACUGAUAUGUAUUGCCUUGUGAUUGCUAUUUUUAAUUUAUAAGAGUGACAUCAUGAAAUGCGAAUACUAAAAGCCCGGCAUGAGUAAAACCUAUUGAGAAUAAAUAAAAUGUGAAAGCUUUA